AUGUCCAAAACAAAUGAGCAAAAAUGCAUGGAAAUUUUGAAAACGACGGAGGAGGUGGCCGAUAAAGUCCUGGUCAACAAACAGGAGCUGGUCGCCCUCGACAAACGCCGCCAACAAAACCGUGAAGCCAUACGUGAAUUAGAGAAAUCUACUGAUAAAUCCGAAAAGAAAGUAUGGACUACAAUUGGCAGUAUGUUGGUGAAAAUGGAUAAAGCCAAGGCAUUGGAAUUAUUAAAAAAAGACCAACAACAAAUUGAACGUGAAAUACAAAUUUUACAAUCCGAUCAAAAGAUUUUGGUUAACAAACAUCGUGACUUGGAACAUUUUAAUCCGUAUACUGGUACACAUUUGAAACCGUUGGAUCCCAAAGAGUUCAAUGCUCUUAAAGCUAAUUUACCAAUGUUGUAA